CUCAGUGAGAGAAUCACUUCCCUGUACACAGACUACCUUCAUUCCAUUCUGAGGAUCACCCAGUACACCUGAAGGACCUGCCAACCUCUACACUACUUACAGCUGUCCGCAGGACUUCUCUUUUCGCCCACACCGUUUCAUUAAUCCUUGGGCUUGGCACUUCUAGCCAUGCUGUACACGGAGCGGAUCCGUCUGUGGCACGAGGCGGUGCAGGCGGUGGACUCGCGGGACUGGCAGGGCGCCCUGUCCAAACUGAGCCAGAUCACAGAGCCCACGUCCCGCACGCUGUUUGUGUACGCCUCCGUCUACCUGGCCCUGGGUCAGCUGGAGCCCGCAAUCCGUGCUCUGGACCAGACCAUCGCCAAAGAUGAACGUCUGGCUGUGGGGUUCUUCCAGAGAGCUGCUGUACACUUGAUGGUGGGCAGGCUGGAGGAGGCUAUGAGUGACUGUAUCUGGGCACAGAAGCAUAUGAGAGGCAACCCUGUCAUUGACUACAAGCAGCUGGGCUUGCGCUUCAAACUUAACAGCUGGCAGGUGAUAUAUAACGCAGCUGCUGUACAAUGCAGAAUGGGCCUAUGGGACAAAGCGUGGGAAAUGCUGCUCACCAUGUCCCAGGAGAAAGGAGGACGUGGAGGGCAGUUAGACACGGCUCUGGAGAGUAUUGCUAGGAGGGAGUUCUUGACCCCUCUCUUGGUACCUGAGGGGGAGGUGUUUCGGCCAAGGAAACAGGAUGUGGAACAGCUACCAGAGAGGGACUUCUUGGGCAAAGCCAAGGUAAUUUCCUCCAUAAUCCCCAAUGAUGACUUUGGAGGCUUUGAACCCCUCAGGUUGCAGAAACCAGGGUACUAUGAGCCCAAGGGAGAGGGCGAACAGGAGUCGCGGUACAUGCGUCUUCGUAGCACUUACAUAGCCCAGGAUCCUGCGGAGCUGACCGUACCUGGUGGGGGACUUGUGUUCAUGUUCAGCGAUGGGGGAAUGGAGGGUCGUGCCACGGUCUUCUACGAUGGAAAGAGAGGCCUGGUCCCCAUAUCCAUGCUGGAAUCUGUGGAUGUCACCAAAUUCAAAAAGAAAAAGGAACUUAGGAGUGUCCCCAAUGGGAUCCCACUGCCACCGGGCCUAAAGCCACCCACUCGCCCAGAGACACGGCCCAGAGCCCCUUCACCACAGCUGGCAACAUCUGGUCACCUUGGGUCUCCACCUACCCCACCACCCCAGUACUCAUCUGUUGUUGACAGUCCUACUGAACGGAGGCCCAGCCCAUCACCAAUAGAGGAGGGAGGGUCAGUAGUGGUGAAGGUGCACUACAAAUACACUUUGGCUUUGAAUGUCCCAGUGGGGACACCAUACAGUCAACUGCAAGAGACAAUUGCUCGUAAAGUGGGGCAUCCGGCCACAAACCUGCGCCUCAGACAGAGACAGCAUGACUCCAGGGUCCUGAAGCCCCUGGAUGGCGAUGCUGGGCUCCGUGCAGUGUUGGAGGAAGCUACUGAGUCUGGCCGGGCUAUCCUGUGGUGUCAGCCUGAAAACCCCCUCCAAGGAAGGACUAUCCUCUACCAGCUGGUAGCUCAGUAUGAUUAUUCUGCCCAAGGACCAGAGGACUUGGAGUUCAAUGAAGGAGACACCAUAGACAUCCUGUCAGAAGCUUAGAUCUGGAGAGCUUGAGAGAUGGGCCUCGGAAGUGCAGGAGUAGCCCUUGCCAGGAAGAAAAGGAGAGAAAAGCGAUGAAUAAAGGGAAUGAGUGGGCUGAAACAUGUAGGAUGGAGCCAUCUUGAGAGAAUGAGAGCUUGGGGACAGUGCUGAGCUGCUAUUUGGUGACAUGGAGUGACGAGCUACGAGCUCGCUAUGCAGAGCUGUGUGGUCCACAGAGAAUGACCUGAUUUCUGCAGCUGUAGAGGUUUGAGUCAAAACCCUGGAGAGGACUUCAUUACCCACAAUUCAUCUCCUCGUUGCUAGCAGAGAGCCAACAAUUUUUUGUGCCUAUCCCAAUUGUAGGCCUGUCUUCCACAAAUUCACAAUGUCUGUUAUUCUGAGAAUUUUUCUUAUUCUUAUUCUAUUAAUGUCUCUCAGUAUUAAGUGCUGAGAAGCCCUGUAUUCCCUGUAUACCCUGCAGCACUCCGAGGUCAGCAGUGAAUAACACUUAUUUUUACCAAUGAAACUGCAUGUGGUACAUAAACACUGAAUAAAAUAAACAUCUCUCUCUCUCUCUCUCUCUCUCUCUCUCACACACACUCUCAUUCUCUCUCUCACUCUCUCAUAUUCAGUCAAUGACGAGUGGCUAGAGGGCCAUACCGCUGGGAAUAUCGGGAUCUUCCCCAGAUGUUUUGCUAGCCAUGAUGACACGGACCAGGACACAGAGGGGGCUGGGGCACUUGGAACCCAGCUAUAGGAAACGCCCGUGGUGGAGAAUCCCUGUGAUGUGAUGCUGUACCCCCUAAACUCUGCCACCUUAUAAAAACCUUUCCUGUCCAUCAGUUCCGCUAUUGACAAUGCCUGUUCUGUUCAACAUUUUACUUCAGAUGUUCUGUUCAACAUUUCUGUUCAACAUCUUCUGCUCUAUCCUGUUCGUCAUUUUUUUAUUUUAUUUUUUUAUGUUCAAUUACGAAACUGCUUCUAUGAACUGUGCAUGUAGAUGUAAUGUAAUGUGCAUUCAACAGUGGCCACUUCUUUGACAUACAGUACUGUGCAAAAUAAUAAAUGCAAAAAUCCAUAAAGCAAAAAAUGGUUCGGAAAGCUCUUGAAUGUUUGCUCUUUUCUAUUGACACACAACUGCAGAAAACAAGAAAUAAAAACAAAAAUAUGUAAGACUUUUGCACAGUACUGUAAAUGCAUAAAUAUAAUCAUAAUGGUGGAGACAUAGGCUCCUGGUCAAAAAGCAUAAAUCAUACACGCAAAGCACGCAUACAAGAUUAUUUUUACGAGAUUGUCUGUCUGUUACUCGCUAAUUCUGUCAUGCCGAGCAUCAUAUGACAAUAAAGAGCAUAUACGUUA